AUGAAAGAUGAGCAAGCCCCGAAUGAAUAUUUUCGGAAUUUAUGGGAAAACUUAUUAAAAUAUGAACAAAGCAAUAUAUGCUCUUUAUUUGAGUCGUUAGAUACUGUCAAAUUUAAGGAAGAAAUAUGGAACCGUACAAAUGGAAAAGGAAAAAAAUUAGGAAGCGGAAUAACUAAAGUCUUAGAAAAUGGAACAGUAUUUGAAAAAUGCGCUGUUAAUUUUUCAUCAGUAUUUGGUACAAUCGAUAGGGAAGCAGCCAAACAAAUGUGUGUUAAUCAAUAUAACAAGGAAUAUAUUAAUACUACAAAAAUUUGCCAUUCAGAAGAUAUAAACACUAUUAUAUCUAAAGUUAUUAAUUCAAAUAACAUAAAAAUUAUAAAUGAAAAAUAUAAAUUUUAUGCUUCAGGUUUAUCUAUAAUAGCACAUCCAGUUAAUCCAAACUCACCAUCUAUUCAUGCAAAUUUUCGAUUUUUUCAAAUAUUUAUUAGGUCAGGAAAAAAAAAACAACCAUACAAUAAUUCUAAUAAAAACAUGUCAAGCAUAAAUAAAUAUAUAUUAAAUAGUAAAAUGAAUCUUAGCAAUAAUGAUAAUACACAAAAUAAUAUUAAUAAACAAAAUGUUAAAAAUAAAAUUGGUAGUAAUUAUAAAAGUGUAAAACAUUGGUUUGGAGGAGGUUGUGAUUUAAGUCCAUGUUAUAUAUUUCCUGAACUGUUCAUAAAUUUUCAUCAUUCUUUUAAACUUGUGUGUGAUAAAUAUAACCAUUUAUUUUAUAAAUAUUUUAAAAUAUGGUGUGAUUUAUAUUUUCGAAUAAAACAUAGAAAUAUAAGUAGAGGGGUUGGUGGAAUAUUUUUUGAUAAUUUAUUAGAUAAUAUUAUUAAAAAUAAAAAAUUAACAAAAUCAGGAAAAUCAAAAGGAGCACAAAAUAACAAAAAUAUAAAUGAAAAUAAAAAUUGUAAAUGUUAUAGUUGUAAUGAUAUUAUGGAUAAAAGCUACAAAAUUAUUUAUUAUUUUAUUCAAGAAUGUAUUAUAACAUUUAGAAAUUCUUAUUUUUAUAUUUUAUCGGAAACUAUCCAUCAAAAAUAUGAUGAAACUAUGAUUAAUUGGCAAAGAAUAUGUCGAGGAAGAUAUGCAGAAUUUAAUUUAAUUUAUGAUAGGGGAACAAAAUUUGGGCUUGAAUUAAAUAAUUAUAAAACUUAUAGAAGAAAAAAAAAAAAGUAUAUUGAAAAUGUACCUAAUUAUUCUCCUACUAAUUAUAUUAAGGAUGAAGUUUUUGAUGAUCAAACCUCAGAUUAUAUGUCUGAUGAGCAUGAAAAAAUUGAUAAUGUUUUAGCAUCUCUUCCUCUAAAAUGUGAAUUUUUAUAUAAAUCAAAAAUAACUAAGUUUUCACGUGAAUAUGAAACGUUACAAAUAUUAAAGCAUCCAAAGAAAUGGGUUGACUAUUAA